GUUUAUGCUUGUAUGAUGGUCUUCUUCCUGAGCAACAUGAUCGAGAACCAGUGCAUGUCCACGGGCGCGUUUGAAAUAACCCUGAACGAUGUUCCGGUGUGGUCCAAGCUGGAGUCCGGCCACCUUCCUUCCAUGCAGCAGCUUGUCCAAAUCCUUGAUAACGAGAUGAAGCUCAAUGUGCACAUGGAGUCGAUGCCUCACCACCGAUCAUAG